AUGGCGGACGCCGUGCUCCUGCUGAAGGCGCAUGAGCUGGCGGAGCGCUUAGGCAUCGAUGCCACGCAGCUCCGGCUAAGCAACGGCUGGCUUCAAAGCUUUAAGAAGCGCAAUGGGAUCCGCUCCCAUACGCUACACGGCGAAGGUGGCGCUGUAGAAGCUGAUGAAGUGCGAGAUGCGAGGCUAGAGCUACAAGAGUUGGUGGCGCAGUUUACACCCGAGAAUGUGUUCAACUUCGACGAAACGGCGCUUUUCUAUCGCUUAGCGCCUAAUCGAACGCUAGCUACGACUAUUCGCAAGGGCAAGAAAAAGAAGAAGCAACGUUUGACUUUGGCCUUCUGCUGCAACGCGACUGUCUCCGACAAGCUCGACCCAAUAGUCAUCGGUACGGCCAAGAACCCGAGGUGCUUUAGAAAGGGAGCGGCGAUUAAAGGUAAACCUAUAUUGUACAAGUCCUCCAAGAACGCCUGGAUGACAUCCGUCAUUUUUGACGAAUGGCUGCACCUCUUCAACAUGAGAAUGGCGGCCGCCAAUCGCAAGGUCCUACUUCUAGUCGACAAUACUUCAUGCCACAAGAUUCUACGACACCUGACUCAUGUGACUGUUCACUUCCUCCCUCCUAACAUGACAUCUGCCGUACAGCCGCUGGAUGCAGGUAUUAUCUGGUCGUUCAAGGCUCGGUACCGAAAGUAUUUUGUGCGGUGGUGUUUGGAUGCACUUGAAGCUAACAUUACACGCAAGCUCAACGUACUCGAAGCUGUCCAAUUCUCCAUUGAUGCUUGGGCGGGUGUGACGCCAACGACAAUUACAAAUUGCUGGGUCAAGACUCGCAUUUUGGGAGAAAAGAUGCUAGGAAGGACUCGUGCUGACACGGAUUACAUUGAGGAGGUAUCCAGCAACGAGAUGGAGGAGUUAACGGCGAUGCUAUCGAGGUGGGAGGGCGCUGUUAGCGCUAGUGAGUAUCUGGCAGUGGACGAAGACGUUCCUGUGCACGAGCCAGAUGUGCUAGUGGACAAAGCGGCAGGAAGUGAUGCAGUUUCGCAGGACGAGCAGGAGGAAGAGGAGGAACAGGAACCCGUAGUUCAACCUGCCAUUGCUCUGAGACACUGCAUGGAGCUGGCUGCAUUUCUGCUGCAAUGCGGAGAGCAGACUGACAGAGAACGAAGAGCUUUACAAACCGUGACCGCUUUGGUUCGAGAGACUACAGUGAAGGCAAAGCGGCAGCGAACUAUGCACGAUUUCUUUACGUGCACCACAUAUUUUUUUUUAACUGAGUCCAUUUUAUAUGAGUCAUUGUAG